UGUUUUUACAUUGUUGUGAACAGUAAAUUGAGAUGGAUUGUUCAUGCUUUUCAAGAUGAAUAAAAAACACGACGUAUCUGUAAACUAUGGCCCUUAUGUGAGUUUUGGCUUAUUAAGUCAUCGCACUUCUCGUCUUGAAGGAGUUGAAGCUUUACUUCGUGAAGAUGGUCAUAAUGUUUGUUUCAACAAGAUCCCAGACAGAAAUCUCGUCGAGAUUGUUGUAAAUGGAGAGAUAAUUUAUACCACAAACAUUCAAGAUUUUCAAUUUGGUGGAGACGGUAAAUUGGAUCCAAUUUGCUUUAAAGUAUUAGAUGCUGUUAGAAAAGCAUUUUGACUUAAUUUAGAAAAUCCAGAUAAAGCAAAAAACUGAUGUAAUGUAUUAUAAAUUGA